UGCACUGCGCGUUUGUAAUGUUGUCAGUUAUGUUCGAUAAGUUAUUUCAUUGGCAUUAAGUUCAAAGACAUGUUAUUUUUCGGGAUACUUCAGGUAUUUGCAGUCUAACCGACGUGUAAAGUGAGCAUCAAAAGUUGCUCGCGGCAAGCCCAAGUUACCGUGGUAACCUGUAACUAAGGCAACCACGAUUAACUUGUUUCGCGGGAGAAUAAAGCUAAACAGCGCCUACUUAGGAGCACCUUGUCUGAUUAGCAAGGUUUGACUUCCUGUGACAGCUCAUCUGUUGAACAUGGAGAGACAUAACGUCGGGAAAGAAAGGCUUAUAGUUCCUACUGAUUUUACGUCAUCGGCUGUUUCAAGGAAUAUCCAGGAGGACCUGGUACCCCCCUCGCAUUUCGCAUCAAGUGUGCAGUGUGCUGGGGUACACAGAGGCGUUCAAAUGGCAGGGUCACUGCCACCCAUCUCCUGGAUAAACCCAGGCACAACUUCAAUACAAUCAAAGGAUCCAAGUCCCACCAAUCCAUGGCUCGCCAUCACACAGGCCCAACAGGAAAUCUUGGAACUAAGGAGGGAAAAUCAGAGGAUCAUGAUGUUACAAGGAGACAGCAUAAGAGGAAGGAACCCUGGGGAUCAUCAGUCAGACCAUAGUGCAAGAAGAGAGCAGCGGUCCAGAUGGGAGUCUGAGUGGCGUCUGGAGGCAGAGAAGCACAAGGGUGAAGCUGAGAGGUUGAAGGGGCAGGUGGAGGCCCUAAAGGAGACUGCAGGGAGACACAGGGAAGAGAUGAGAGACAGAGACGGCUUAUUGAACAGACCCAGCCAUGAAUUGGAAGCAAUGCGUGAAGAGCUUCAUCGGGCUAAGACGGAACUCAACCAAAUCAGAGGGGAGCUCACUUGCAGCAGUGCACAGAAGGAGAAAAUAAGCUUGCAGCUUGAAAGAUUAAAGAACGAAUCCGGUGAAGAAAUUACAAGGCUGAGAAGAGAUGUAAUGAGGAGCAAAGAGGAAGCCCAGGAGCUCACUCUGAAGGCUGACACUUGCAGGUUACAGGCUGCGCAGGAGGCCCAACAGCAGAUUCUUAAACUGUCUGUACAAUUGGAGGAAAUGCAGAAGAAGCAGGAAGUGGAGAUGCUACAGUUGAAUGCUUCCCAUUGUGCAGAGGUGGGUGCAGCAAGAAAUACAAACCGAGAACUACAAUCGAUGACCUCAGAAGUGCUUCAGCUAAAAAGCACUCUGGCCGUAGUAUCUGCUGAGAGAGACGGGCUGAAAGGACAUUUAAGCCAAAUAGGACAAGCCUUUGAGACACAAUCGGCUACACUGCACAGUCUGAGAAAUUACAUCGGCCAGCUUUCCCCGGAGAAAGGAGAGAAGGAACAAUUGAAUGAAGCUGUUGAGAAGCUGAACAGAGAGAAAGCAGCUCUUCAGAUGACCACAGAGCUUUUGACAGUCAGGUUUAACUCUGUGAGUGAGAUACUCACCCUCCAAGAAGAGAAAAUAGUGAAGAAGACCGCAGACCCACUUGUGAUGAAUGAAUCUGAAGGCCUUCAAGUGCUUCGGCUCUGGAGGGACAAAGUGUUUAAGUUGUGCGUCCAGCUUCGCUCAAAGGACAUUGAACUAAGAGGAGAAAAGGACAAGGUUCUUUCAAAAGUCAAACUCCUUGAGCAGCAGCUCCAGCAGGAGCAGCACCGAGCUAGUGUGCUCCAACACAGCCUCGAUGACAGGAUAGCUGAGCUGGACCUUGAGAGAGUGGAAAAGGAGACAUUGAAACAGGACUUGGCCCAGGAGCAACAAGAAAACUCCCAGCUGAACUCGCAGAGCAAGAGAGAAGAGGCUGAACUAAAAACCCUGACGGGGGCAGUUCGUAGGUUUAGUUUGGCUUUUGAAAGCAAGGUGGCAGAAAUGGACGCAGCUCAAGCCAGGCUCAGCACUUUCACCCAGAGGCUAACUUUUGCUAAAAGACGAGUGGAGACGAUACAAGGUUUGGCCAUGAGGAGGGUGGCUCUGCAGAAAGCUAAGCAGGCCAGUAAACAAACACAGCAAACUGCUGACAGCAUCACAAACCUUCAGACGGAGCUCAGUGUGGUGUGUGAAGAGAGAGACAAGCUCACACAGGAGCUCAAAAGAACCCCGGAGCUCAUCGAGAGAACUCUGGCUGAUCUGAAAGAGCAGCAUGAACGCAAACUGAGGCAGCAGCAGCUGGCGCUGGAGCAGAGCUGCGUGGAGGUGCGGCAGGCUUUGGCUGGCAGAGAGGAGGCCGAGCUGAGCCUGCAGGAGAUCCAGAUCCAGCUGGAGGAGAGCAAGGUCAACCUGGAGAAACUCCGCUCCGAGCUGCUCAGCCAGCAGGAGCACAGCGAACGUGCCCUGCUGGAGAGAGUGUCUGAGCUCGAGAACUGCUGUGCUGAGAGGCUGAGAGAGAUGGAGGUUCAAGUCAAUACGGCCAAGAGAGAGCACACCAAAGCAGUUAUGACUUUGCGGCAGUUUGAGAGAGAGUCGGCAAGGAAACGGGACGAAAUGAGAGAAACCCGACAAUACACACAGAGGGAAGUCCACAAUAAACAACUGAGGGAGACGGCGAAAGACACCCAACCGCUGCUGGCCACUGUCGCUGCUGAGAGAGGUUUGACAACUGAGUAUACGAGAGCUCACACAGCAGAUCGUCAAAACUCUUCUGCUCCCAGAGAACAUCGAAAACCCCCCUCAGAGAGGAGUCAUUCUGUGGUUCCUGCAGACGGGAGACUCCUGUCUGUUUUGGAGGAGCUCCAUUCUCUCAGUGCUGCGGUGGUAAACAGCUCUGAGGACUCUGCGGAGGAGGAGGGACAGAAUGACAGCGUGGCACCAUCCACAGGCAGACCGCACAGCUGAUACCUGAUGAUGACGAAUCAUUGGAGCCUGUGAAUGCACCCUACAUUUGUACAAAAGGUGGGCAGCGUUGAAAACAGUCAGUGGGAACAAUUUGUUUGAGCCAAUCUUCAGGAAACCACGCAUGUCACAUUGCUACUGGGUGGACAACAGCAACGAUGGCUGUCUAGUAGAGACACAUUAUGCUUGAAUUUAACACAGAUUUCUGAGUACAUCUCCAGGAUGACUUUUAAUGAAAGAGAAUAUUUUAAAUACAUUGAUGGACAGAUAAUUUAACUGAAAAACUAAGGUUGAGAUGUCUAGAGUUUCAGCCUCAGCACUCUCACCAGUAAGACCACACUUGUUCCACACUUUCAUUUCUUUAACUUAUUUUAAUUUCCCCUUUUUUUUUACAUUGAUAUUUUUGUAAUUCUUCCCAUAGAAUCAAUGCAAUGCUAACCAGUUUAUAUUUUUGCUACAGUUAAUAUAAGAGACUUGUUAUGACAAAUAACUGAAGAGAUGGUUAUGACUUGUUUUCUUUGUUUGUUAAUCCAAAUACUGUAUGAUAUAAUCAGUGACAUUAUCCACACAAAAAAUACAAGAACGACCUGAAUAUGGCUAAUUCUGCCUUUGUCCUUUUGGACGUCCGUUCUCGUGAAGUUUAUCUGAUGGUCCGAGUAUUUAUUUGUUAUGCAGAGACAUGUAUUUUACUUUUCAGUGCAACUUAAUAAAGUAUUUGGGUAUUUUAAGAAAUAUUGAUGAAGCAACUCA